AUGCCAUUCUUCAUCUUCUUGAACCUUCCUUAUUCAAUUAAAAGGGGUGAAAUCAUCUCAAUUCAAGCAGUCAUCUUCAACUACAUGAAAGAUGAUUACCAAGCUACUGUAACAAUGUACAAUGAGAAACAAGAAUUCGAAUUUGUUGAGAACACACCAAGAUCAUCUGAUCAAGAUAAUCUGAUUAAAAAAAGCAAUGCAACAGCUAAUAGCGGUAAUACUGUAAGCUUUGUUAUUAGGGCUUUAAAAGUUGGAUAUAUUACGCUUAAAAUUGAAGCUUCAACUUCUAUUGCCGGUGAUAGAGUAGAGCAACAAUUGCUUGUUGAACCUGAAGGUAUCACAAGAUACAUUAAUGAAGCUGUUCUAGUUGACUUGAGAAACCAGCAUACAUUCUCGAAACUUGUUGACGUUGUUGUACCUAAUGAGUUUGUUCCUGAUUCUUUAAAAAUUGAAGCUUCGCUUAUUGGUGAUCUUUUGGGACCAGCGCUAGACAAUUUGGAUAAUUUAAUUCAAAUGCCUUAUGGAUGCGGUGAGCAGAAUAUGUUGUUCUUUGUCCCUGAUAUCAUUGUUUUAGACUAUCUCACAAGUGUCAACAAAUUAACUCCACAAACUGAAAUAAAACUCAAAAACUAUAUGGAAGAAGGGUAUCAAAGGGAACUUACAUACAAGCAUUAUGAUGGCUCAUUCAGUGCCUUUGGAAAUAGUGAUCCAUCAGGAUCAACAUGGCUUACAGCUUUUGUUGCUAGAUCUUUUAAUCAAGCUUCGAAGUAUAUAUCCAUUGAUCAAAAUGUUAUUGCCCAAGCAUUAACUUACUUGCAAAAUGUUCAAACUACAGACGGAAGCUUUACUGAGUACGGACUUGUUCAUCAUAAAGCUAUGCAAGGUGGAUCAUCAAACGGAAUCGGUUUGAGCGCCUAUGUCUUACUGACAUUCUUAGAGAAUGAAGAACUUGCUUCUAAUUAUAAUGACACAAUCACAAGAGCUGUUAACAAUAUUCUAUCACAUGUCGAUGAUGUUGAUGAUAUCUAUAUUAUGUCAGUUGUGUCAUAUACUUUAUAUCUUGCUGGCAAAAUGUCUGAGGCAAAUUCCUUAGUUCAAAGGUUAGAUCAAAUGGCAGUCAAUUCAGAAGGAAUGAGACACUGGGAAAAAUCUACUAAUGACUAUUACAUAACGUCAUUAAGUAUUGAAACUACUGCCUAUGCCCUUUUAUCAUAUCUUAAAGCUAAUCGAGAUACUGACGGUCUUUUGAUUGCAAAAUGGUUAGUGACACAGAGAAAUUCAUUUGGAGGAUUUGAAUCGACACAAGAUACAGUCCUUGGUCUCCUAUCUCUCUCAAGAAUUGCUGCAAAAAUUGCUUCCAAUUCUUUAAACAUUCGAGUUGACUUUAAAUAUCAAAACGAUGCAAAAUCUUUAAGCAUCGAUCAAUCAAAUUCAUUAGUUCUUCAGAAAUUAGAAUUUCCAUCAAGCCUUAGAAAUAUUGAGGUAGUAGCAAAUGGAAGUGGAACUGCACUCGCUCAGAUAUCUUAUCACUAUAACAUUAAAAAUCUCAAAACAUCGAACAUCUUCCAACUCAAUGCCAGAAUUAUUGAUGAUCAACCUUAUGCAUUUACAAUUGAAAUUUGCGUUGGACUUAAUGGAAUGGAUCAAUCCAAUAUGGCAGUCUUAGAAGUAUCGGCUCCUAGUGGAUAUAUUUUUGAAGCUGAAAAUAAUAAUAAUAUUGUUAAUUCAUUCAGCAACAUUAAGAGAGUUGAAUUCGACAAGAUUAAUACUUUAGCUAACAUCUACUUUGACUAUCUCCAAUCUGAAUCGCAAUGCAUCUUAAUGACUUCUGCAAGAAUAUUUGAGGUUGCCGAACAAAAACCUUCAUCCAUCGUAGUUUACGAUUAUUAUGAAAAUGAUUACCGCACUGAAAUAUUGUAUGUUCCAAAUCAAAUUCUGUUGUGUGACAUUUGUGAUUCGAGUGAUUGUAGCAAUGCUUGUCAUUAG